UUUUUUCAGUGCGCAUUAAAAGGUUAAUGACAGCCAUCUUAUCUUUUGGGUUUAUUAAUAGUAAUUUUGUGAAAAAAGAGGAAAAGGCGUUAGGAGGGCUGGGUUAAUCGUGUUGGUUGAUGAAAAAUCAAUAAAUUUUGCUUAAAUGAGUGGAAUUUUCGUAAGAUAAUUAGUUUCUCAUUAAAUGUGAAGUGAUUGAAUGUGGGUGUGUCAAAACAACAUUUAAGAUAUGUUUAAUGACAUUACAUGUACAAUAUAACAGAUUAGUACAAAACUAAAUUGAAGUGUGACACCGGAUGCAGUACAGUUUAGUAACAGGCAUCGAAGCCGGUGCUCGGCAACCAUGCUCAACGCUGACCAGUAAUGACCUCCUAGAAUUAUUUUUAUGGGUUUCGGAGAGCGGAACCGCCUAAGAUCGCAUCGCAUUCCAGCCACCGAACGGGCUUUGUACGAUCGCCUGUUCCGGAAGCUGGUCAAGCGAUACCAAAACGGUGUUCCCGGACAGCUACUCUCGCCCGGUUUGCCGAGCGGACGGUGGAAGCCACGGAACCUGUACUAUCGCCUGAUGCAUAAGCAGUAUUUAACGCAUGAAUUGAAUGCUCACCACCGCGGGCAUUGUCUAGUGCUGAAUAAACGGGUUGGAGCUCCUAGCAGGGGUAUAAUCCCGAGCUACUUCCGGAAGUGUAUACUGAAGCAACGUCGCAAAGAAAAGUAUCGAACUGACAGUGAAAAAUCGAACGGGAGCGUGAUUGUCGUGAAUAGCGAUUUUGGAUCGAAUACAGAUACAAGCAACGACGACACUGUCCUUGUUGAUGAAGAAGAUCGCCAUAAAGUCGGGACAAAGAAGCCUCUAGAGAUUCCCGAUCCGACGAAGUUCUCCAUCCUUAAGCAGGAAAUUAAGGAAUAUUGUGCCGUCCAGGAAAAGAUUCAAAUUGUUCUUGCAAUGUUGAAGUCACGGGCAAAUGAACUGGAACAUGAUCACGAGGUGGAAGACGAAAAGAAGCCGGAAAUGGUGAAAAGUGAUUCGGAGAUAAAACAUGAAGAAGCGGAAUUUGAUGCCGCAGAACUGGAAUCGCUAGCAGAGAAAUACUACGAUAAUUCGGAUGAUGAGGAUGUCAAAGAAGUUAGGCCACUGGAAGAAAUAGACUCUAAACCGGAAAUAGCGUUUGUUGACAUGAGUGCUUUGGACGACGAUUCUGAUCAAGAUCUGGAGCAAUCUGAUUCCAAAGAGAACCUGAUUCAACUCAAAAGUCUAAAGGAUAUUUCCACAACGGAUCUACUCGACCCAACGUUCAGCACCAUCAAACUGGAGCCUGUCAACAAAAAGCAUUCUGUCGUUGAUUCGUUGUUCAGUAAAUUUAAUUUGAAACUUCCAGAUUCACCAUCGAAAGCUACCUCUAACCCUUUGACUGAAGACGAAGAGAAGGUUAUCGGAAGGCUUCGCGAUCGUCGAAAGACGGGUUCAAAGCCAUGCUACGUGGACGAGGAAGAUGAACCAAAGAAACCGCGCCCAUCCAAAAUAUUUGACACGAUUCACAAGAAGUUAAAUAUCGAGCUGAAUAAUUCCAAUUCUAAUUCCUCUACAGAAUUCUAUGGUUUCGACGAAGGCGAAGUAGUUAAGCUGGAUAAACCUACCGUUCCGGGGCUGCUACCGACGCCGAUCGUAAAGAAAUCUCGCCCAAAUGCACCUUUCCUAGCGCAUGGUACCUGUUCCGAGGACAUCAAGAUCGAGAACCGUGACGAUCUGUUCCGCGAAGAAGGUCUCAUCUCAUUCGGUUCUCUUCCACCUCGGCUUGAGUGCCCCCGACGACCUGAUGAUAUGGUCCGGCCAAGGACAGUGGCGCAGAAGCGUAUUCUACUACAGAAGAAAAAUGACGUUCGCUACCUCAUGAUUGAUAACGAAUCCAAGAUUUUUUACGAACUUGAAAAACGUAGCAAAAACAUUGACGCUGAAUUGGACUUUGAACGAAUGCAGGAACUACAGGAUCAGAACAUCCCUUUCACUCGAGAUACAUGGCGGGCAUUGGCUUGGUUAAAAACCGAGAAGGGCAAAUAUUACUUCCAAACUCUCCGUGUCGACAACCAUUCCAUCAAGUUAAGUGGUUGCAGGGGCAACCACUCCAGUAAACGGCAUAGUAAGAAGCAGCUCUCCGCUCCGGUAACCGUAUCCCGCAAGCAUUGCUGCCGUUGUCCCGAACUACCAGCAAACAUUAAUAUAGAUCUAAGUGCAAUUGCCCCACCAGGUACAACGGAAGUGCUGGUAAAAUCAGAGUGCGCAGAAUUAUCAUCUGCCGUCUUCGAACCGGACAAGAAAUUACUCUGCAGCGACACAAGCCGGGUAAACAUGAUUCGACCAGGACCUCUUUCAUCUAAACUACGCUACAACAACGAUAUUCUUCGCCGUGCCGAAGAAGAUGCCUAUCUGGGUCCAUUGGAAAUUCUUGAAAUGCCACGAGUGGAAAUUGAAGUGAUUCCUAGAAUCGAUCGACCCUUGGAUCCAACCGUAAAAUCGUACCUUAAAAUGAUUCUCCCGUUUCGAGGAAUCACCGAGAAAUGGGCCCGCUUUUCCGUUUCGACACUCAAAACACCGGAUCGGGACGAGUCCGAUUUCGGGUCGUUUUCAUUCUCACUUCCUUACAACAACAAUCAGCACAGGUUGCUUAUUCGACGUAGAUUGCUAGAGUCUACCACCCCUGCGAAGAAGCUUCCAUUGUCAGCAGAAAGUUUGCAGAAGUUCGAGGCGGAACAAACGUUGCCACUAACGUUCCGAAAACAUUUGGACGACACUAACGAGCCUGUUGAUCCCGUAGAGAAGGAGUGUGCCGAUGUGCUGUGUGAGAUGACCGAUGCUGUUGCAAUUGGCUUGGCCGAAGACCUGUUCAUUGAGCAGGAUCCCGAUUGCGAUUACACGAAAGAGGAUAAGCCAGUUCAUAAACCAACCAGCGGACAGGAUGUAGGUGGCAAAUCCAGCGAGUGUGCGGCUAAAUCUAAAAGAAUGAUACGUGAGAUGAAACGUCUCAAUGCGACUAUUAUCGAAACUAUCCCAGAACAGCUGUCAACUACAGGUGUAGGAGAAGAUCUAAAAUCACGUUGCGACGUACAGUACUGCUCGAAGGGUUGCAUCUGUGAUGUGUUCACUGGCGGAAGACACACGACCAGUGGCAUCCGAAGUCAUUGUAGUAAAAUAGAUUGCAUUUUCGGAUGCGAUUGUGGUUACGAGAAAAAACGAACGGCGUCAAGUGAUGCACAGGGGAAAGAUGGUUCGCCAGAUCUGCGGGAAGAUGGUCUCACUGCGCUGUCCAGUGAGGAUGUCAAGUAUUUGCGGGAGAAGGCAACAGCUCGGUUGGCCAAGGAAGAACGGGAGUUCACACCAACGGUUAUUAUGACCAACAAUAGUACGGUACUAGUUCGGAAUACGGAGAUGGAGGCACGGAGACAUAAGAAAAAACCAAAAAAGUAUGAAGAUUACUACAAUGGGGACAGUGUGAGAAGUAUUCUGAAUGGGAUCAUUCCCAGUGAAGAAGAAUCGAGCUAUCGAGAUGCUUCAACGAAUCGUGUAAAACCAAAUACGGUUAUGGAUCGUCCUUUGAGUACGCUGGAUAAGAUUAGGCACACCCACGUGGUAUUGAACAAGUUACAAGAUUUGGAUGGAAUCGAACCGUGGUGCAUGAUCCACUGUCUAUAUCGCUGCUACUGUCGAGGCAAUGCCACAUCUGGGAAACCGUUCAAAUUCAACGAGGAAAAUAAUAUCGUUUUACCUACGCCGGUGGUUGCUCCUCCGCCAGAUGCGCUUCUACAGGUAUACGAACCACGUCGAAGGCGUUUGUAUUCGUUUGAAAAGCCGGAUGAUGUGGUGGAAGAGAUUCGGCAACCGACACGGAAGCGUGAUAGCUCGGAAGAAUCAUACAAACCGUGGAGCGAACGACGAAAUAAGAAGAGGCGAACUCUGGACGACCAACAGCAUGCGACAUCAUUGGAGGCCAAGGGACAUAGCGAAUCUGUACCUACUUCGACGAGAGCCUCCAUUGAAAAUUUACAGAUUACCGACGGACAAACAUGUCGGCGAGUGAUUCCGAUUAAUAGGAAUUUCUACAAAACGAGAAACUACUAUCGAAAGGAGCGGUACCAACGAGAUAUUGCGGAAUCCAAGCGUAAGAAUCCCUUCGCAGAGAAACGUCUCCGACUGUUACUUGAACGGUGUGAGCAGUCCUUUAUCGAAGAACGCAAGCGGGAACUAGAAGAGACGAGGCGAAGAACAGCUGCAAAUACGAAAAACGCUACUGCGAAGCGCACACAGGAACCCAUUUACAUUGAUAUUGUUGGUGAGGACGAGAAGAUCGGAAAGCAUGCCUUGCUUAGUCCACUGUUGGACGCAAGUAAAGUACUACUAUUUUGUGGGAAGAAAAAGUAUUACGUAGAAUGUGAGUCUAUCCAAAGUGGAAAAGUGAAUCUAAUGAACAUCGCAAAGAAAUUCCGAACCACAGUGUACGUGAUAAAGAAGGUUUCAAACGAACCGUUAGCUAAAAGCAUCUCAUUUAGCUAUAAGCACCAAACCAUCACUCUUCGAGGUCGAGCUUAUCGUAAAAACCAACCAUAUGAGCAAUCGGCUCAUGAACAUGUUGAUCUGAAUUCGAACUGUGACAGUGAUGAACAAUCAUCCACUCCGUCGCUGGUACAGGAAUCGGGUACAGAAACCGACGUACAGAAGUUGAUGCUCGAGCAGGUGAACUCCGACAUAAUGCACACGAUGCAGCACAUCCGUGAAAUGCUUCGGAGGAACUCCCUGAAACUUAACCCACCGAAAAAGGGCAUCCUGUACUUAUACCGGUGGGAGAAAUUUUUGCAGGCCUUCAAUGAAGAAUUACUAGAUGUGUGGGACAUAACAUUCCAAAACGGUGCCAAGCUGGUCAUCAUCACAACCGAAACCGCUAAUAAAAGCACACCAUCUUUCAAAAAUACUAGCUCCGUUCGUCUCGUACGCCGGUGUACAUUCGAAACCAAGGAAGUAUCUUUGCUUACUCAGAUGAUACUAUACCAGAUCGAUAAUCCCGAAACGAACAAACUGUCAUUGGUGCUUUUUGGAACGGAAAACUAUUGGAGAUUUUGUGGAUUCAUUCAAUCGACUAACAGCACUCUGAACCAAGGCGUUGAAGUCCGCCCGACGCCAACAUCUCAUCCUAAGCUUGCCCCCAAGAUCAAUCGUUACUUUGAAGCAUAUGUGGCUAGUAAAAAGGUACAAACGGAUGCAUCCGCAGUCGCUACUACAACCAAGUUGUCCGCUUCUCCGACUCCAGUAGUAAAACAAACAACCUCAUCUGCGACUGAAGUCCCAAAACCGAUCAAAGAGGAAGAACCAAUUCCAGUGCUACCCCCCGUGCAGCCUCCCAUUCCGACGAAGAUGUCAACCUUCAAAUCUAACGUCAAACUAAUGGAAACUAAAAUCAAAGACUUCAAAAACAUUGCCAUCCCAAACGUUGGAUCACGCCGCUGGUUUAUGUUGAACGUUGUGAACGACUUCAGCGACAUUUACAUUCCGAGCUGGAAAUCGUGUUUAACCUACGGAAGAAUCCGACAGGCCAUCCAGUUAGCCAACCGGUAUGGGAAAACCGUCAAGCUGACGUCAAUUGUGCUUCGAAACAGUCAAGAGGAUGUACUGCCGCAGAUCUAUGCUGCUCCCGGGCAGGGUGAUUGCAUCUUUUUGGGACCGUACACGUAUACGCAGAAUAUUGAUCUGAUGCUCUGUCAGAAUGUAGAUGGAAAAAUGUACACCCGGGAGGAAUACGAAAGAAAUAAUCAUAUCGUGCGGACGGAACAGACUACCGGCUCGUGGCUGUACAUGAAACCGAGCGUGUUGACGGUGACAGCUAUGCCAGUUUCAACGCCGGCUGCUAAUCUGCAGGCGACGACAAAGAUAUUAUCGCCCUCGCAAACGGCGACAGUAACAUCCGCCAGCAACAACGAUUGUGUCGUAAUCGAUGACGACGAUGACGAGCCAGUGGCAACCCAGUCCAGCCCAACAAACGAGUCAGACCAAAUACUGGAUUCCCACAUAAAUAAUAACAGUCAUUUGGAAUCGCUGAUACAUCAACUGUAUGACAACUCCGACUCCGACGAGGGAACCAAAACGGAAGAAUCGUCGUCGAAUCCUGCUCCAAAACUAACCACUGCCCAAGACAAGCAACCAAUCAAAAACAAUAUUUCGCAAUUAGUUGAUAAAACAAUCGCCGAAAGUAAACAGCUUCGAGUGAACGCUAUAUCGAGCGACAGUGUCGCUUCCAGUAGACGAAUGUCAGCCGGUGCCGAUACCACUGUAAAGAUGGUAACUGCUGAACAACCAACAUUUGUUAAACUAACAGCCACAGCGCAGGAAACAAGCAACCUUAAAAGGAAAUCACUGGGAGCAAUCGAAGGAGUUGAUUCAACCGCUCAAAAACCUAAAAUAAUGCGUGUAUCCUUACCGGCUACCACUAGUACUGCCGAUGAAGUUGUCUGUCUAGACGACGAUGACGAAGAUGAUACACCGAAGGAUUCUCCAGCCAUUCCGCCUCCCAAAAAGAUUCCUUCUAGCACAACAAUUCUGAAUAGUCAGCAGGCCGCUCUUAUUGCCAGCAAGAUUAAUCUUCUAAAUCCAAACCAGAAAGGCGUUAUGUACAAUCCCUCCACAGGAGUAUUACGAAUAAAACGCUCUCUGAUGAAUAGUCUUACGGAAGGUUCCACGUUGUCGAUUCCGGCUAUUGCAUCCAGCUCCAAGUCGCAACCUACCUCGUCUGCUUCUUCAAAAACAAUGCUGGAAAAAUCACCUCCAGUCGUAAAUCCUACCGGAUGUACCAUAUCAAAACCAUCAACCGCAUCUCAACAACAAUCUUCCCUGAAACAAACAGUAUUUCCUCAGUCAUCGACAUCAGCAAACAUGCAGCCCCGCGUUAUCCCACCAAAAGUUCCAACCGAAGGGGCCUUGCGCAGUAACAUCCCCGGCUUAGGUCUAGUUCCAGUUCUCUGGUCAUCCAAAGAUAUCAUUAUAAAAGUACGUGAGCUGUCCGUUAAGCAGCAGUUCGUUCGACUGAUGAAUUUCGAAGCGGCCAUCCUGUUGCUGAACCGGUUCAUUCGGAAGAACACGUACACCUUCAAGCCGUUUUCGUUAACCAUUGGAUGGAAGUUUGAGCCCCGAUCAAUACCGUUACCAGCUGAGGAGAAUCUCAUCAACACUAUUAGCUUGAGAUGCAUUGUUUCUUCCGAUGGUGUCAUCGACUUGUACAAAGCGAGUGAAAUCAUUGCGUUCCAGAAUACAAAACCCAACUUCUACGAAGAACUUCUUUUGCUGCGCCUCUCGAUACUUUGCUGUAAAAAGGACCAAUACGAGCAAGAAAAGUGCCAUAAAUUCUUCGAAAACAUUUUCAUGAAGGCUACUGCCACCAUCCGGGAGCUGAAAUCAGCGUCGGAAGCGCUCACUACCCAAAGUACCUUCUUACAAGAACAACAGGCAAAACGGCGUUCCUAUUUAAACAAGUUGAAAGCUAAUAUGGAAAACCGGUCAUUGUCAUCGGUCGGCCGGAUGGUAUCUAAACGAGUUUCCGUGCCGCAAUCGAUACUAGACCGUAUAUCGCAGUCCAAUGCAGCAACAACUGAUACUGAAACAGUGGAUACUGCCAGCCAACAAAAACAAAAAGAAGCUGUGAUUGUUAUCGAUGACGAUUAGGUUCUGAAUUGAAUAUUCUUGAACCAGUCGCUAGAUUUUUAGGUAUUCUAGAAUACUUUUACUUCGUUCAAAACGGUUCAGCUAAUGUUAAGACAAUUUAAUCUUUAAUUCUCGGAAGAACAAAAUUAUUGCACUAGUCUAGUUGACGCGUUUUAGCUCAUUUCAUUAAAAAUAUGGAAGAUUCAAAAUUAAUAUUUCAUAAGGAAAGCUAAAUUGUUUGGAUAAAGAAUCAGUUUACUGUAAAUAGAUGCGCAAAAUACAACUGAACUUUAUUUUGUUUAAGGAUCUCGGCUGAGUACACAAAGCAUGUGUCCAGUUAAAUAAGUCGACAGUCAACCCCGAUCAUGAAGUUUGAGGUUGCAAACAAAUAUAGUAAGCCAAACAUCACAAUUAAAAAAAAAAUAUUUUAAA